AGAGAGAGUGCGCAGGCGCAGAGGGUGAAGAUGGCGGCGCGAGUGCUGCUGCUCCGCGCGGCGUCCGGGCUCCGCUGUCAGCACCGCCGCCGCCUCCUCCCGCUCCUCCCGCCGGGGGCGAGGCGGGGCCUGGCGGGCGCGGCCUGGGCCGGGACGCGGCUGCCCGCUCCGCGCCGGCGGCCGCCCUGGCCCCGCGGCUACUCGGACGCGCCGACGCUGACCUUGAAGGGCAUCCAGGACCAGGUGCUCUACGUGCUGAAGCUCUACGACAAGAUCGACCCCGAGAAGCUGUCGGUGGAGUCGCACUUCAUGAAGGACCUGGGCCUGGACAGCCUGGACCAGGUGGAGAUCAUCAUGGCCAUGGAGGACGAGUUCGGGUUUGAAAUUCCAGAUGCAGCAGCAGAAAAGCUGAUGAGUCCUCAAGAUAUCAUCGAUUAUAUUGCCGAUACGCAAGACGUGUACGAAUGAGUUUCUCAAGUGGAGUAAGUGGACAUCAUCUUGCGGUGAGGUAUCUCCUGUUUUGUUCCGAGAGCUGGAUGAAGUGAUCGAGACGGACUACGCUGGCAAGCCAACCCCUUUGCGGUUUGGAAUCACUAUGGCUCUCCGAGGAAGAGUUUUGUCUGUCCUAUUUAAAGCUGUAAAUGUUGGACUUCAGAAUAAAUAUGAAAAAUUCUUA